UCCGCCAUUAUAUUCUUCAAAAAUAUUUUUUAAAUCAGUGGAAUGCGUACUGGUACCAGUAGCGUGUGCUAUGACCAACCUGCUAUGAUAAUGUUCAGUAGUUUAUUCGUCGGUUAUGCCAUGAUAUUUGUGUAUAUACUCAGUCCACCACUGAUAAGAUCUGAGGAGUGAGGAUUUGUUUUGGCGUCUUGUCUUGACAUAUACUUGGGAACUUUACGCAUUUUUCUAUUUUGGAGGAAGGAUCGGGAGUAUAUAGACUAUUGGACUACAGAAAAAAAGCAAUAUGGCACCUCCUAAGUCGCGAAAAAUUGCUAUAAUGGGAUACCGAUCAGUGGGGAAGUCGUCCAUAACCAUUCAGUUUGUUGAAAAUCAAUUUGUUGAUUCUUAUGAUCCAACAAUAGAAAAUACAUUUACCAGAUCACUGAAAGUAAAUGGGCAAGAAUAUCAGUUGCAAAUUGUUGAUACUGCUGGACAUGAUGAAUACUCAUUGUUUCCUGAAGCUUAUACUCUUGAUAUCCAUGGAUAUGUUUUAGUUUAUUCUGUUAAUUCAAAUAAAAGCUUCGAAGUUGUCAAAGUGAUUCAUGAGAAACUACUCGAUAUGGUCGGCACUGUUCAAGUUCCAAUUUUACUUGUCGGAAACAAAACAGAUUUGCACAAUGAUAGAGUUAUAUCAACGGAUGCCGGGAAGAAAUUGUCUCAGUCAUGGGGCGCUCAUUUCCUCGAAUGCUCAGCUAAGCACAAUAUGGAUGUGCAACAGAUAUUUAAAGAAAUAAUAUUGGAAAUGGAAAGACAAGAAGGGAAUAUACCUGAAGAGAAGAAAAAUUGUUCAAUAUCAUGAACCAAACACGAUAGGAAUAAAUUGGGUCGUUAUCUGACAGAGGGUGAAUAUCGCUCCGCUUGGAAUCAUAUUUUUGUGGAGGGAGCUAAUUCAAUUUCAUGCAUGAUUAAACAUAUGUAAAAAUAAUAUUCUGGAGUGAUGGUUGUUGAACCAUAACUAUUUAUUCCAUCUAUUUUAAAUAUGAUUGUAUUGUUUUUAUUUUAAAUACAAUUUUUUUUCUAUUGAUAUAAAGUACCUUGAAUGCUUAAACAGGUUUUCUAGACCUAACCUUAUUUACAUGUGACCAAUGGGAUAUUGUCUGUAUCAUGGUACGAGAAAACUUUCGAUAAUCUUGUCUAAUUGUAUGUUUGUAAGUAUUCCUAAGUAGAGUAUAUUGUGUAAUAUAAGAACAAUGUGUAGAAACUAGAUAUGUUUCAUUUUGACCGGCGGUGGCGUUAUGUUUAUUAUUAAAUGUAAUACUUAUAUUCAUAUUCAUUGUUCUUGUAGACUUUUUGGCCAUGUUUGAAAUUUUCAUUGCAAUUUUCUUUGAUCGUUUUUUUCAAAUUUUUGUUAUCACAUGCACCUAAUCCGAUUUUGUACUGUACCUAACUAUAAAGAUGUUUCAUAGUAAGUAUGGUUGGCAUUCCAGUUCUUGAAAUUUGAAACUUGAUGUCAGUUUUAUUAUUCUGUUUCCAUUUCUUAAUUGUGCUAUUCACUGCAUGUGCUAGUUUUUCAGUGGUAACGCCUGCUUUUAUUGUCCACUCGAUUUCAAAUAUAUUGGCAUAAAGUUUUAAUUUUA